GCAGCGCCGAGGCGAGGAAAGUGUCACGCAGCUUGCCGGCGAGGAGGAUGUGACUGUGCUCGGCGAGACGCGCGAGAGAUCGCUCGGAUGUGCUGCCUCGCGAGAGAGUGAUUCACGAUGAAUCUGACCGCGGGGAACCCGCACGGCAACGGCCUGCUGUACGCCGGCUUCAACCAGGACCAAGGAUGCUUCGCUUGCGGCAUGGAAAAUGGCUUCAGGGUGUACAACUGUGAUCCGUUGAAGGAGAAGGAGAGGCACGACUUCAGCGACGGUGGCCUCGGAUACGUGGAGAUGCUGUUCAGAUGUAAUUACCUGGCGCUGGUCGGCGGCGGUGCCAAGCCGCUGUAUCCCACGAAUAAAGUCAUGAUCUGGGAUGACAUCAAGAAGUCACCGGUGAUCACCUUAGAAUUUAACGCGCCCGUGAAAGGCGUCAAGUUACGGAGGGACAGGAUAGUGGUAGUGUUGGAGGGCGUUAUAAAAGUUUACACAUUUACACAGAAUCCCCAACAGUUGCACGUGUUUGAGACUAACCCGAACCCACGUGGAUUGUGCGUUCUGUGCCCCAAUAGUAAUAACUCUCUACUUGCCUUCCCCGGACGGAAAAACGGUCACGUUCAAGUCAUAGAUCUGGCCAACACCGAGAAGCAACCGUUGAACAUAGAAGCGCACGAGACGCCUUUGUCCUGCAUAGCUCUAAAUUUGCAGGGCACCAGACUGGCCACCGCCUCCGAGAAGGGUACUUUGAUCAGGGUGUUUGAUACGCAAAACGGUAACAUGAUCAACGAGCUGAGGAGAGGAGCGAAUCACGCGAAUAUCUAUUGCAUAAACUUCAACCACGACUCCACGUGGCUGUGCGUCGCCAGCGACCACGGCACCGUGCACGUGUUCGCCGUCGAAGAUCAAAAGCUGAAUCGCCAGUCCAGCUUAGCGUCCGCCACUUUCCUACCAAAGUACUUCAGCUCGAGCUGGAGCUUCUGCAAGUUUCAAGUGCCGGGCGGGCCACAGUGCAUGUGCGCCUUUGGUCAGGAUAACAAUAGCAUCAUAGUGAUAUGCGCAGACGGUAGUUAUUACAAGUUCGUAUUCAACAACAAGGGCGAGUGCACGAGAGACCUUUACGCGCAGUUCCUCGAGCUGACCGACGAGAAAAUGUGACUGGAGGACACGACGGCGGUGAACUAAGAGACCGCGCGCGCAGAAGACGACCUCUCGUGUUCCUCCGUUCUUUUCACCUGCGUCAUCGGCCGCCGAGCGAAGAUUGAGAUCGCCAGGCGCAAUGAUACACGUGACCUUGAUGUUCGGAGAAAGAUAGAGAGAGAGAGAGAGAGAGAGAGAGAGGGAGAGAGAGAGAGAGGGGGGGCAAGGUCACUCGGCGAGAUGUUCGUUACAGAGGAGAGAUCGAAGAUACGUCCGUUCCUUUUUGGCAGCGGGCGACACGACAGAGGACCAAACGCCAAGAGUUCUAUUGAUUGUUAGUGAUAUACCGAUCGUUGAUGUGUUGUGCGCGGCUUUUCGGCCUGCACGGGAGCGUGUGACCGACGAGGUCGGUGAUCCGUUCCCUUGCUCGGAAACGCCGACGAUGAGAGAGAUUUAACGCGCGUCGAGCAGCGCGCGCUGGACGCUGGCGCGAGAUGCGUCCGCGAGAGAAUGCGCGAACCUGUUAAACGAGCCUACCUAUUAGCGCUGACGCCUAGAUCGAGACGGAGAGGAGCGAGUUUUUUUCAAUGCAACCAACAAAAGCGGGAGGAAUGUCCGCGGGUGACAGCUCAUUAGCGCCGGGGAACGUCGCGGCUUACUUGUUGGCGCCGUGUGAUACAUUUUUUCUUACAAUUUAGAUAAGGACGCUGCGUAAUAUUCGUUGAAAUCAAACGUUGGCCAUAAAUAUCAUCGCGACUCAGGAUGAGCCGAGGGGCUGCGCUCUCGUUGUUUUCUUUUUCUUUUCUUGUCUUUUCGUUCUGUCGCUUGCGUGAAAAGCGUUGCAGAUGCAAAUCGUGUGUCCCUAUUGAUAUUGCGUGUGUCUUAGUUACAAAGAAGAAAAAGAAGAGAUGUCUUUCGUGUUGAACACGCCUCGCGCACGGCAAGCAGGAAAGACCUCGGUUGGUGCAACCGAAUGCAACCCGGACGCGAGCUCGGUUGAGAUAACAUUGAGCCUCUCGUCUGGUCCUCGGAAAAUUUAGUUGCACCAAUGGAGUCGCUUUCCUUCGUGUAAAACAAAAAAAAA